ACUGAUAUACCAAACAUUGACGAGUUUUUUGCAUUAGGUGCCAGUUCUUUAGAAGUUAAACCAUCAUGCCAAGUGAUAGCGCAGAAUGUUCAUGGUGGAAAUAGUAAAGAUGAAAUGAAUGUAUUUUUAUCUGUUUGUGGUCCUGGAAUAUUAGCCGCUUCAAAAAUUAAAAAGAAUUUAAGCAAUUUGAAUUGCUUAUUUGCUUCACCUCAAGUAGAAGAUAAAUUAGAUCAAUGGCUUACUCUUUUACCUGACGAAGAGAUUGA